UUACUAAAUAAAGCACUUUCAUUUGUUUAUUGCGUUGUGUAGGACAAGGUCGCGCGUUAGACGUGUUCAUGCUAAAAUUACUUUAGCGAUUUGCGGCAGUUCUACAGAUCUUGUCAUCAUGGAUAUGAUUUACGGAAUUAGUAAUGCAGUCGUUUCGCUGCUUCCCAAACAGAGUGUUGUUGCUGAACAAGUGAAAGAAGUAAUGUUAUCAAAUGCUCCUGGAACUAAUUUUGUUCGGUUGGCCGGCAUCUCUGGUGCUUUAGCUGUUGGGAUGGCGGCUAUCGGGGCACAUGUUAUUCAUGCAAAGAGUAAAAAUACAGAAUUAAAACAAGUCUUUGACACAGGAAACAGUAUGCAUCUGCUUCAUUCAGUGGCUUUGUUGACUGUACCUUUAACAAGACGACCUAAUCUUACUGGUUACUUGCUCACAACUGGAAUGUUGCUGUUUUCAGGCACUUGUUACUACCAUGCAUUAACUGAUGAUAAAAGACUGCGGAUAUUCACACCCUAUGGUGGAAUGUUUCUUAUUCUGGGUUGGAUUAUCAUAGCAGCCUAAUUAAAAAAAUCGACUAUUAGAGAAAAUAAUCCCUAGUAUUCCAAGAGAACUGUAAGAGUCAAUUCUGUGGAAAAAAAAAAAAAAUGAAAUGAGAUAUGCUGAAUAAAAUUAAAUUUGAUGUUUUAGGUGGUGUCUUUCAUCGAACUUUGAUAAAGAGUACUUUCGAAAGUAUUAGAUAUCUCCCGUUAUAUACAUUUAUCUACUUUUAGAGAAACUUGCUUCUCUGGCUGAACAUUAUCCUCAUAUGUUUAUAUUUUGUAACUUCUUUUCGCAUUUUUAACAUAAAAAAUGAAAACGGAAAAAUAAUUAACUGAAAUAAUUCUUAUUUAAUCAUGAACGUUAUUGAUAUUUUCUUACAGGAAAAUUUUUGUUUAAAUAAAAAUUAAAAAAAUAACUAAUAUUAUAAA